UUCCUCUCCCCGACCAACGACAACCCGUGCACUUUGAGCCCAUUCACGACCACCCCAAGGAGGCUCCGACAAGAUGACUGUUCGCAACCAAGGUCUCGCCUCUUCGCGGAGCAAGUCCCGCAAGGCUCACUUCUCUGCCCCCUCCUCCGAGCGCCGCGUUCGCAUGUCCGCUACCCUCUCCAAGGAGCUCCGUGAGAAGUACAACGUCCGCUCCAUUCCCCUCCGCAAGGACGACGAGGUCACCAUUGUCCGUGGCUCCAACAAGGGCCGUGAGGGCAAGAUCACCACCGUCUACCGUCUGAAGUACGUCGUCCACGUCGAGCGUGUCGUUCGCGAGAAGACCAACGGACAGUCCGACCGUGAGCAGAUCCUCGCGCGCAUUGCCAAGGGUCGUGAGGCCGCCAAGUCGGCUUAA